AUGGACGACUUCGAUCGGAAAUUACAUCAAGCAACCAAGGACGGCGUACUGCCAGGCACGUGCAUCUUGGCAGCAGACAAAAAUGAACCACAAGUCACAAAGCCCUUCGGUCCAGAUACAGUCUGCUGGAUCGCAUCCAUGACAAAACUCCUAACAACAAUCUGCGUAAUUAAAUGCGUCGAAGAUAAACUCUUAAAUCUCGACGACAACGUCUCCGAAACCUACCUUCCAGAAUUCAAAGACAUCCAGGUAUUAGAACGCAUGGAAGAGGACUCAAAUGGCGAAUCAAAACCUAUUCUCCGCCCAGCAAAAGGCAAAAUCACUCUACGCUCCCUCUUGACGCAUUCCAGUGGGAUUUCCUACGAGUUUAUGCAUGCGAGACUCUUCGCUUGGAGGCAAUGGCAUAAUCAAGAUUUGAAAAAACGAGGGAUUGAGAAGAGCCAUGAAGACCGCACGGAAGUCUCUCACGCUUAUCGCGUCCCUUUAGUUUUCGAUCCGGAAACGAGUUGGACGUAUGGGUAUGGAAUCGACUGGGCAGGUGUAGCGGUCGAACGCGCGACGAAAUCUCCGCUCGAGGAAUUCAUGAGGCAGAAGAUUUUCUACCCACUCGACCUGAACGAUACGACAUUCGAGCCCGCGAAUCAUCCUCAUCUGACCUCUCGCAUCGCGGGUAUGAUCGUCCGAGACGAAGAGGGAAACCUCGUCCCACAAACCCAAACAUCUGCGACUUCCCCCAUCGGCGGAGUUCGACAUGCUGGUGGAGGUGGUUUGGCUUCUACCCCAUCCGAUUACAUCAAAAUCCUCGUCUCCCUUCUCCGAAACGAUUCCCUCCUCCUCCGUCCCUCAACCGUCGAUCACAUGUUCACCCCGCAACUCAAGAAUCCCGCACAUUUGCAGAAAAUGCAUGCGAAUCCUGAGGCGUUUGGGUUGGCGGGGAAUAUUCCGGUCGAGACGAAAGUGGAUUUCGGGUUGGGGGGCAUUUUGAAUUUGGAGGGGAUGGGGAAUUGUGGGAGGAAAGAGGGAGGGAUGCAGUGGGGUGGGUAUCCGAAUUUGUUUUGGUGGAUUAAUCGAACGGAAGGGAUUUGUGGGUGUUAUUUUACGCAGUUGGUUCCGCCUGGGGAUCCACAGGCUUUUGGCAUGUAUGUUGAGUUUGAGAAGGCGGUUAAUGAGACGUUUGGGCGGAAUGGGAGUGGGGCGAAGUUGUAG